CAAAAAUUUCAACAUAUUUCUGUCACUAAAGAUGGCGAAUCACACGAACUCAUCGAGUGUCCCGGAAGGGGACGGUAAAAUUGCCGAAAAUGGGGUUAAAAUUAUCUGUUUAGGAGAUUCCGCUGUUGGCAAAUCAAAAUUGGUGGAAAGAUUUCUCAUGGACGGAUACCAACCACAACAAUUAUCAACAUUUGCACUAACUCUAUUUAGGUACGAGACGAAAGUGGACGGGAAGGAAAUCGUUGUAGAUUUCUGGGACACAGCAGGUCAGGAGAGGUUUAGUAGUAUGCAUCCGUCCUAUUACCAUCAAGCACAUGCAUGUAUUCUAGUAUUUGACGUAACGAGAAAAGUGACGUACAAGAAUCUCAGUCAGUGGUACAAGGAGCUCCGGGAAUACAGACCAGAAAUACCCUGCGUAGUAGCGGCCAACAAGAUCGAUGUGGAUUACAAGAUCACGCAAAAGAAUUUCAACUUCUCCAAGAAGCACGAUCUACCAUUCUUCUUUGUAUCUGCCGCAGACGGAGCAAAUGUAGUCAAGAUGUUCCGGGAAGCAAUCAAACAAGCCGUCUCGUACAAAGAGAACCCAACAGAUUUCACAGACGAGAUCAUGAAGGAGUUAGAGGAAAUGGACCUAAAACUCUCCCCCGACAGUGGCCUUGAGUCUGCAACAAACUCAGAAGGGAAAGAAAACGGCAACGUGAACGACGGAGCAACGACAUCGUCAUGACAACCGCAUCAACGUGAGCGACGGAGACCAAAUCGAGGUCUGAACUCUUAAAGGUGCAAACUUGCUUCUCACCAAGAGCAAAAACUUUUAAAUUCUUGUUUAAUACAAGCUAAUGCCAGCUCUUGAAUAUCUUAUGUGGUGGUUAUGUUAAUGCCAGAAUGGGUGGAGCCAAGCGUCAAAGGGAGGCCAUCCCAUCGUCGUGGUAACAGGAUCCUGACCCCAAAGAAGAGAUAAGAGAAAGGGAUGAUGACAGUGGAGGUUUCCAUCGGGCUUGAUAAAAUCCUGUUGAUGCCAUUUGCUGUUUCAGAAGCAUCUUCAUCAUCGCCAUCGUCAUACUGUUGUUGUUGCUAAAGUCAUCUAUAGUCCUCAUCACCAUGCCAACAAGAUCAUCAUUCAAUUAAGUCAUGUGGAUCCCAAGAUGACUUCACUUAGCGUCUAGAUAAAUACUAGAAUUAUAUUUCAGAGAGCCUGAUUAGACCCGGCACGAUGCCAAUUUUCACAUGUGUCACAUCAUCAUCACGGUCAUGUUUCUGAAAUCAUUAGUCUGUGUCGCCAUGGCAACUCGACUAUCAUUAAAACAAGAAAGUGUUGUUACAAUCCAUGUAUGACGUCAUUUAGGAACCAGUCUGAUGGAUGAUGGAUAUAGCCAAGGUUGUUUUAGCAAUGGCAUCUCUUUUUUGUUUUUCUCUCUCUAUUAAAAUGAAUAAUAUUUUGUAUUGGUCUGUGAAUGAUCAAUAAAAGUGCUAAGAGCUGUCUGGAUGUGCAAGUAAUAGAUACCUGAGAUGCAGUUCCGAGGUUGAAAUGGUUGUCAUGGUAACUGCAUCAUUUCAAGGGAGUGAAGACCUACACAUGUACACUGUACGUACAGUAUGUCUUGUGGAAUGAGGUGUUGUUCAGCUCUUGUCAUCUUGGCUUGCAUUAAUCAAGCCAUUCAGAUGGUUACUAUAUUUAGCAUAUUAAGCAACAAAUGUGCUAGGAGCUGUUAAGACAAGACGUGCCAUCAAUAUGUCCUCGAGAUGCAGUUCCAAGGUUGAAAUGGUUGUCAUGGUAACUGCAUCAUAUCAGGGGAGCGAAGACCUACAUGUAUCUUGUGGAACGAGGUCUUUAUUAAUUAGCUCUGGUAAUCAUCUCGGCUUGCGUUAAUGAAGCCAUUCAGAUGCUUAGCAUAUUUCGCCUGUUAAGAGGUUUCAUGCAACUAAUGAACACAUUCAAAGUUCCCUUUUUCACACUUGCACUCCAGUAAAGAUGACUUGCUGUAUUGAAGUAGCUUGCCCUCACAAAAUUGAAUAAUUGAAGUGCUUUGCUUGACAAUUUUUCCCCAAACACCUUGAUUAUACAUGUAGAUUGUUUAUGUCCGGCACUGUAAUUGAUUUACAUGUAAGUCUCAAUUUUUUGUAGACUAUUAAUAGAUGUUGAAAACAAAUAUCAAAUACAAAUGCAUAUGAAGUUAUAUUACUUUUGUUUAAAAAAAUCAAACCUUCUCUCUUGGUCCGUAUGAUGGAAACUGAUUAGAGAAAUCUUUCCAAAGAUGUUUGUUUCUAUCAUUAUAUUUCUAGUACUUGAAGCAAUUUUGCAAUUUCACAUACUUCAAAAAAGACCUGCAGUCCACAUUAAAAACAGAACAAAAUCAACCUCUUUUCAGGCAAUUUAUAAACAGUGUUUCAUGGCUAUGAAAAUUGUAUUUGUACCACGUGUAAACCUUUAUUGAUAGUCAAAACUGACCCCCUUUCUGUGUUUUAAUAGAAGAAAAAAAUAUAUAGUCCCACAAAGCCGUUAUAAUGCAGUCAUAUAACAAGACAGAGAGAAAUAAGUGCUGAUAUUGAAUUGACCGAUUUGUAAAUGAAUUACUGAAAAGUGUUACAAGAUUCAAACUUAAGAGUUCUGUAUGAAAUUUUGCCUGUUAUUUCUGGCUUUUCCUGGCAGUCAGAUUUAUGUUCUGCGCGACCCUAUCAUCUUGUUUUUAAAAGAAAUAAAAAAUGAAAGGAUGUGCUCCCCAGAAAGAGUCAGACUGCCAGAGAAAUUGGUGAAACAUCACAGAGAAUAUGUUAUUGUACAAUCUCACCACACUUUGCUGUAAUUGAUUUAUAAAUUCUUCAUGAACAAAAGCAUUAAAAUUGAAAGAUAUUUGAUACCAAUGUUCCAAUGAUAGCACUAGUACACAAACAUGUAGUUUUAUAGUAUAUUUAUAGUAUUACCCUGGCUUAGACAAGCUGCCAUCAUAAGAUAGAUCGGUCGAUCUGUGUCGGUGUGUGCCGAACUUUGCUGCAUACUAUAGAAUACAUCAUGACAUGCUGUGCUCUGUCUUUAAUACUACAGUAUUCAAAACAUAUUUAUAAAUGUGACAUGUUAGUUUUGUUUUGUUUUAAGUAGGAGAAAAUAGUCAAUGUCAAUCUGAUGCAAUUUGUAAUGAGUUAUCAGAUACUUUGACGGUUAACUUUUCCUUUAAAAGCCACCAAAGGAAAUUAUUGUACUAUUUAUUGUUCCAUAAUUUUUUUUCUUCUUUUCAUGUUCCCAAGACCAGGGGGGUGUUUCACAAAACUUGUCAUCAGUAACAAAUGACAGUUUUUGUUACUGAAAAAGCUACUGAAAUCCUUGCUUCUGAUUGGUUAUCAGCAGAUUUGUCACUGAUUUUUGUCAUUUGUCAUUGAAAAAAGGCUUUGUGAAACAGGUCCCAGUAGUGUAAAAAAAUGGUUAUGCACUACAAAUUCUGUCGAUUGUUCUUUUUUUUUCUUUCUUAUAGGAAAAUAUAUUACUUUAUCAGUGUAGGCAUGCAAUAAGUACUAUGAUGUAAAUAACCUGUACAGCUUUUUUAUGGAAUGAUAGAUAGAUUGCUAGACUAUUACUAGACUAUAUAAGGAUGUAAUUCGAAGUACUCAAUUUUGUUUCCUCUCUCUCUCAAGAAUAUAUUAUAGUACCCUUUGCUCGGGUAUUUUAUUCUUUUGCCAGUUAUUUAUAAAGAAUUUAAAUUUAGCAAGUAAAGUUCAAUGUUAAUAUGAAGGCCUGCGGUCCCAAGACCCAGAGGUCCAGAACAGGGCAAAACUGUCGUUUAUAUUGGACUGGGGAUCAACUUACAUGAAGAAAAACCAAGACUGAUCGAGAAAGUGAGAAUGGUCUUGCAUGACACUGAUCAUGGUUUCUCUUUAGCGUCUUGCCAGUAUUUUGCAGCUUAGAUACCCAGCACAUAUAAAAUUUAAAAUGUAAAUGUUAGAUACAAGAAGUAUGUCUAGGCUUUUGACAAUUUUACUAUGAAGUGAUUUCUAAGCCAUUUGGGCUGUAUACAUGAGACAGUGCAUGGUGUUUUGCCUAUGAAGAAGGUUAUUUCUACUUUUCUAAGCCAUUUGGGCUUUUUAUCUGUGUAGGACCAUGGGGUGCACACAGCAGGAGAUGAUAUGCCCAUCCCUUUGGCUUUAGUUUGAGAUAAUCAGGCUAUUUGGGCUUGAUAUAACUUGGUGUUCUGUCUGGUACAUGUUUGAAGCCAUUUUGGGCUGUUUUGGCUUGUCAAUGUGAGGUCAAUGGGACUCCAUUUUGAUACCACUCACGUCCUUUGGCUUCAACGAGGCAAUUUUGGGCUACUUCUUUUUCCUAUGUUGUUUAAAAGAGACUCAUUAACCCAAUAUCGCCUCCUUAUCGUGGUAAUUUAGAACAUUUUAGAGAUCAUGAGUUAAAUAUGAAAUCCAUACAUACAUGUAUUAGUAUUCUGCCGUAGACAAAUGAAUUAUAAAUUAUUCAUCAAUUUCAGAAUUGAAAUUUGUGUGUGUGUGUGUUCAUCAGAAAAUGACGAGACUUCAGAAUUGUUUUGAUUUUUUUUUCUUCAACCUUGGUGCUUUUGCAGGGGAACAGCCAUAUGAUAUCUACUGGCAGUAAAAUUUGAUGCCUUAAAAUGGAUUUUGUUUUGUUUUGCUUGUUCAUGUUUUUGUUUCCUUUCAAUGUGUCUGUAUAGUCUAUAUACCCAAAGAUAAAGGAUAAGGGGCCCUGAUAUUGGGUUCAUGUAUCUUGCAGGGUAGGACCAAAUAAGGCAUCUCUGGAUUUUCAAAAUCAAUAGUACUUAACUUUUCUAUGAAUACAUGUUCUACUUUGGUGACUUAAGAAAGAGCUUUGUGCAGUUUACAAUUUCUGGAUUUUUAAAAUCAAUAGUACUGAACUUUUUCGUGAAUAUAUGUUCUUCUUUGGUGACUUUCAAGAAAGAGUUUUGUGCAGUUUACAAUUUUGGAUUUUCUCCUUUAUUUGCAUCCUAUAUAAGUGCGAUAUCGGAAUUUAAAAGUAGAUGGACCAAAAAAAUAAUAAUCUUGAAUGUGUUUCGUGAAGGGAUGUUUAUGUUGGAGCUCGAGAAACUUUCUACAGAGAUGGUACGCUUUGAUUUGUAUUUGUAAUGCCAGGAUUAUUUCAAAGAAGUGGUGAUGGGAAAACUUCUCAAGUUAGAAGUAUCACUUGAUAGUAGAGAAAUCAAAUCUUCUUUUAUUUUGUCUCAUUAUGCUGUGUGUAAAAAAGUUACAAAACAACUAGCUCAGUUGAAUUAAAAUAGAAAUCAUCUAUUUUAAGGUUUAUAACCAUAGAACAAAUUUAGAAUUUAUGCAUAUAUGUAUGUGGUCAGAAAUUAUAUUGUCAGCUAUCAGAGGUUUUAUACAGAUUUUUUUCUAAUGGUUUUUCCUCUUUUAUUCUUCAAAUAAUUUGUUUAUUUCUGUUUUUUCUAUAAAAAACUUGUUAAAAUAUAUGCAGGACAUGUUUUGACUAAGGGA